UGACUUUGUUGGACAUGCUAGAAGUUUGUUAGUCUUGGCUCUUGGGGGUACUUGUCUCCUCCUCUCGUUUUCGCACCUACUGGCUAGCUGGAGACCGCAGAAAGCUACAGGCCAAAAUGCAAGUUAGGAGCCCAAGACUUUGGACAGUACUUAACUUUAAUCACUAGCCUCUUAGCCGUGCCUCCUUUUUUCUCAAGGAAUCAUUGUCCCCUCUCCUCUCCUUGGCUAGCAGCUAGCAUCAGUGAUCGACCAGCACGGCAGCACGUACUGGUUAGUUUUCCUUUUUCCCUUUUCCGAUCGACAGGAGCCGGCAGUACUGGCCGGUACUGUAAAGUUUUUGGGCGGUUAUAAGUGCAUCUUUCACCCUCUCCAGAUCGAUCUAUCUGCUAUGUAUUAUCUAUCUGCCCUUGCAGAUGUAAACAUGCUUCCUUCCAAGGGCCAGCCACCCGCAUAAAUAUGAGUGAGAUCAUCAUCGACUGCUUGCUAUAUCGUCUCGCACACGCCAGCUUGAAUUCCCAUAUGCAUCUCGACGAACCUUUCUAGAUAGAUAGGCAGAUAGAACUGAGCCGUGACCUCACCCUUAAUUUGGCUCCUCUCUCUUUCUCCACACCACUGAUCACUAUUGACGAGAUGGAGGCAGCGGCACCAAGGUCCUCGUCAACUAGCUACUAGAUCGUCCGGUCGUCCGUUGAUCGAUCUCCCAUGGAGGCGAGCAAGGGAGGCGACGGGAGCUCGGGCGCCUCGGCGAGCAACGAUGACAGCACGGUGGAGGAGGAGGGAGCGGGCCGUGAAGAGCAGGAGGACGCCUGCAGGGGGAACUCUUUGUCGUCGUCGUCGGUGCGCCCCUACGUCCGCUCCAAGAACCCGCGCCUCCGCUGGACGCCGGAGCUCCACCACUGCUUCGUCCGCGCCAUUCACAGGCUCGGCGGCCAAGACCGUGCAACUCCGAAGCUCGUUCUUCAGUUGAUGAACGUCAGAGGGCUUAGCAUAGGCCAUGUCAAGAGCCACCUCCAGAUGUAUAGGAGCAAGAAGAUCGAUGACUCAGGCCAGGUCAUAGGUCAUCUCCCCUUGCCCCAUGCCUUCCAUCAUCGCCAGAGUGGUGCGGGCACCAUGUUGUCAAGGUUUGGUGCUGCUGCAUGGCCUCCAUGGAGAAGCUUCCAUGAACCAUAUUGGGCCCAUGGUCGCCCCUUUCUUGCAACUGGAUCGAGGACCUACAACUCUUUAGAAGCUGAAGCCGAGGCGGCUUUCCUUCGGUCCCGAGCUCAACAUGUAGCUCGAGCUGCAUCUAGCAAUCCGGGACUGAUGAUGCAGUCAGGCUGUCCAUCUCGGAACGAUCAUCAUACCAUGAACCACCAGCAUAAACGAUUGCUGCAACCGACAGUGUGCAACGCUGAUGAUAUCCAUAUUUCUCUUGAUCUUGAUCUCGAUCUCUCGCUCGGUCUCCCCGUGCCGAGGAGGGAGGCGAAGCGGAAGAGAUCGGGCUGCGGCUGGGUGAAAGAAGGCCCUGAUGAGAAUGGAGCCGAUGAAGAACAAGUGGAUGAGACCAGCAGUGCCACUAUGCUAUCUCUGUCCUUGUUCUCUUCUGGGGAUGCUCCUCGGAAGAUGAGUAGCACUAGUGCUAGUGAUCGUGCAGUAGAUGAGCAUGCUACAAGGAGGGCAAGUACUCUUGAUCUCACCAUAUGAUCUACACAAUGUGGUGAUAUCUCGUGGUACUUAUCCAUGCAUACAUAUGUUAUAUAUUAUGUAGAGCGAACAUAUAUACCUAUGUUUUACCAUA